AUGGGAAUUACGAAGACUCGAGCACAUUCUGUUACCAAUUAUGCCGCAAAACUCGCGGUGCUGCUUAUCAUCGUAUUACUUCUAUUCAAGUCAACCACCGUGGUUGCCAGAGGCGGUGGUGGUGGCCAUGCUAGUGGUGGCCACGCUAGUGGAGGCCACGCUAGUGGAGGCGGGGGUCAUGUUGGAGGAGGAGGAGGCCAUGUUGGUGGUGGAGUAGGUGGUCAUGGUGGUGAAGUAGGAGGUCACGGUGUUAGAGGAGCGGGCGGAGGAGGCCACGGUGGUGAAGAAGAAGGAGUGGGAGGGAUCGGUCGAGGGAUCGGUGGAGGGCGGGGGAUUGGUGGAGCCGGAAUGGGUAAUCCAGGAACAGGAACAAGAACAGGAUCAAAGAACGGAGACUCUGCACUUAAUCCUUGUGCUUAUGGAGCUGCAGCUGUUUUAUCUAUCAUCUUUCUUCUCUUCAACUAG